GCCGCAUAGAACUGUGGGUUAAUCGUUCAACUGACAGCGACGUCGCCAGAUGCGGCCAAACAAAAUUCAGAUUAUGAAUCGCUUGCCCCGAGUAUUAGCCGUGCGACCAUUGCCGAUGCUCAAGGUGCGCAGCACAAACAAAGUGCUCUCGGUGUAGUUUUUGUUCUGUUCGGUUUUAGUGCGUGAAACAUUAUUCGGCACAGCUAAUUAUAUGUGAGCAAAUCGUCGUCACGCGUGUCAUGUUUUAUUAGUAGCCACAACUCAUAGCAAAAACAAUGUACUGCACUACACGUCUGCUGCGUUACAUACUCUGUGUCAUCAAUUUGAUUUAUGCUCUGAACGGCUGCUUGUUGAUCUGGUAUGGGGCCUGGUUGCUGGACAGCAUUGCAGAGCAGCUAAAUUUCGUUGAUCACGGCGAGAAUUUGGCUUCCAUAUUGUGCAUACUCUUAGGCAUAGUCGUUAUAAUAGCCAGCGUAUUUGGCACUGUCGCCCUGAUCAAGGAGUGCAAGAGGAUGCUAAUUAGUUAUGCAGUGCUAUUGAUUGUGCUGCUGAUCAUACAGUUUAUCAUGUUUAGUAUUGCGGCCAGCCGGGACACCUUGCCGAGCAGCUUGAAGCAGGGCUUCGAUGAUCUGUGGGAUCCACAGCAGAGACUCAACAGCACGCUGAACAUUUACGAGGAAUGGCUGCAGUGCUGUGGUCGCAACAGUCCCGAGGAUUAUAUUCUAUUGGAUCGUAAUCUGCCAGCUAGCUGUUGCCUGGAGCGCGACUGCACAAAUCCAAUGAAUCUAUUCAUGGACGGCUGUGAGCAGAAGUUCAAGCUGUAUGUUAACGGACGAACAGCUACUUUUCAUACGAUCAGCUGGUUUCUAAUACCAACUGAGUUUAUGGGCUCUGUGGCCACCUGUUAUUUGGUGGAUAGCAUACGAAAUCAUCGAGAUCGCGUGCGUUUCUAUAAUUAAGUUGUUCGGUUGAUUAUUAUUGUCCCACUGUAGAUGUAUUAUAAUUAUGCUUAGCCAUUGUGUCAUUGUGAUUUGUAAUUUAGUACAGUUAGAAACACGAAGAGAGAUGUUUUACUAUAUUCAUUGAUAAAAAUAUCAAUGACAUCGAAAUGCGUUGUAAAAUUCGGAAACUCCCACGUCAUAAAAAUAAA